CUCUUUGCUCUUAUCAGCCGAGAGUUAUCUCUCUCAUCUUCUAUCCACAAACAAACUCCAUUGAAUAGAAACCCAAAUCUACAAGUCAAAUACAGACAGCGCAAAAGGAAGAAGAAGAAGAAGAGAUAUGGCUGUGGCCAACGCUUGGGCUGCGGCUGGACACGCCACCGUCCGUAUACCUCCGUCGAGGCCUUCCCUCUCCUCUUCUUCAUCAGCUUCUUCUAAUUCUUUCGUUAAUUUCCCAAAUAAAUUAUUUCUUAAGAACAGCAAAAAUUCGAGGCUUUGUUGUCGAUGCGUCAAUGUCAACAGCACCUCCUCAACUCCCUCUGCUGAUGAAAAUUGCAACAAUAGCUGCUUCGCUACUUCUUCAUCAGGUUGGGAUUGGAACCGCUGGACCCGCUAUUUCUCUGAAAUUGAACAAGCUGAGAGCUAUGCCUCUGUGCUCAAGUUUCAACUGGAAGAAGCAAUUGAGAAGGAAGACUUUGAAGAAGCUGCAAAAUUGAAAGCAGCUAUCGCAGAAGCUACAGCGAAGGACUCUGUUGCUGAAAUUAUGUCCAUGUUGAAGAAUGCAAUAGAUGAAGAGCGUUAUCAUGAUGCUUCAAGAUUGUGCCAAAGUACGGGAAGUGGGCUGGUUGGUUGGUGGGUUGGCUAUUCAAAAGAUUCAGAUGAUCCAUUUGGCAGACUAAUACGUAUUACUCCAGGUGUGGGCAGAUUUAUUGGCAGAAGUUAUAGUCCAAGGCAGUUGGUGAAAGCCUCUUCUGGAACUCCACUGUUUGAGAUUUUCGUCGUCAAAGAUGGAAAUAAUACUUACAACCUGCAGGUGGUAUUCAUGCAGCGAACCAAAGGAAGUGCAGCAAGUUUAAGUCCAUCAUCCGAGUCAAAGCCAAUAAAGGGGCCUUCAACUGCUGAGAUUGAGAACAGAGCUGUAAUUGAUGUUAAAAUAGAUGAAGCUGAAGCAGAGAAAAGCAAUGAAAAGAGCAUAGAUUUUGAGGGAGCUGCUGAAGAGGGAAUAAGAAGUGUGAUAAAUUUUCUUAAAGAUAAGAUACCUGAUCUGAAAGUGAAAGUAAUGAAAGUUAAUAUUACGGAAGAAAUAACAGAUGAUGGUGAUUCGGUGAAGCAAUUUCUGGAAGGAGAAGAUGAGAACACUAUUUCCAGUGAGGAGGCUGAAGAAACAACUAGUGAUUUGGAUGACAUCAAUCCUGAUCGAGUUAUAAUAGGAGAUAGUGGCACAAGUGAAGAUGGAAAAACUGUAGACACCAAGCUUUUCUUAGGGGGUAUUUUACAUAAUAAAGAAGACAAUCCAGUAAAGGACGAGUUUGUUCGUUUACCUGCUGAAAUCAAAGAUGUGGAAAGAGAUUCCUUUAUGCUUCAUAUUCCUAAGAGACCUGGAGAUCAAGAUGGUGAAGAAAAUUCUGCGUCCAGCAUUAAUAUUGCAGCUCUUGAAGCUCAAGGUGUCUCUGAAUUAAUGCCUCCUGACGUGGCAAAGGCAUUUUGGAGUUCUGAUAAAGUUUCUUCAAAAGUUUCCAGAAAUGUGAAAGAGAUAUUAAAGCUUGCAGUUAGCCAGGCGCAGAAGCGAUACAGGUUAUCUGAAUACACAAAUUUUAGUCGAAUUACAACCUCUCCUGGGGAUUUAGAUCCUUUUGAAGGU